AUUUGAUAUACGAUUCUGUCAGCAUGCAGAAGGUUUGAGGUUUUUUGUGACUCAGCUGUGAAACCAGGAGCCCCAAAAUGGACCUGGAGCAAACCAUUAAUGGCUUACUUUCAAAAAAUGAACAACUGGAGCAGGAAAAUAAACUGAUGAAGUCCGUGUUUAAUGUAGUCCAGGAAAACACAGACCUGUGGAGAGCCAGGAUGCAGAGCUUCAACAAUGAUGCUUUUGAGGAAUUGCCAGUUUGCUCAUUCCCAGGAAGACACCCGUCCAGUCUGUGGCCAAACACCUCUAACGAGAGACAAUUCAGAAAAGACUUGCAACAAACCAGAUUAAGACACGAAAAACGAACUUCAUCCCCCGUCGACUUCAAGUCGUUCCUCCAAACGUCGGUGCACACAGAUACAUGUGAGAAAGCAGAGAUUCAAAGCUGCCAGGCUGAUUUUCCUCUUGAGGUCAAAGGCCCAUACAGACUGCUGGGAGAGAUUGCAUACCAACUUGAUAGGAGGAUUCUGUCCCAUGUCUUCCAGAGCCAUAGGAGGCUUUAUGGUUUCACACUGCUCAAUUUUCCAGAAAAAAUUAGAGAGGUAUCCACACACCCGCUGACAGGGAAGGUAGAUGAAGGCUAUCUGCUUCAUAUCACCCAGAGGUAUGCUGACCUCAUGGAGAGGUUGAACCAGCUCGGGUAUAGAACAAAACUUCACCCUUCUUUCUCUGAAUUCAUUGUUAACACCUAUGGGAUCCUGAAGGAGAGGCCUAGCGAAAACUGCAUGGAUACAGUUGACUACAAUAAUUCAGAUUUCCUGAGAAAGCUGAUAAUGACCACUGCGCCGAGCAAACUUCAGAGGGACCUGCUCCUUGUGCUCACCUGCCUCUGCGACAUGGCCGAGAAAGAUGGAAAGCCUCUUCUUCUCUGGUAGACACAACCGUAUAAGACCAGCAAAGUCUAUACUGUCUACCAAUUGGAAAUAAACAGUGAUAAAUGUGUAGCUAUGAAUUUGUACACACAGUAAAACCUGCUAUUCUAAAAAAAAGGGCAAACCAAAAACUAAAUCAGUUGCAUAUUUGCUUACACUGCCAGUAUGCAUGGUAAAACUGAACAGCCAACUGUAUUGAGGCCAUAAAUAUAUAAAGCAUUCAGUCUUUCUCAAACGGAUUUCAUGUACAAACAAAAAAGUCAACCUGUUAAAGACAUCUAACAGUGGGUUCUUAUUUUAACCAAUAUUCAUUAUUAUACUACGGCAAUU